UGAUCGUGAGCGAGCACCCAGCAGACAACGUAUGAUUACGAUGUUGUAAGCGUGAGAUUGUUUUCUUUCUCCUGAAAUUCCAAUUUAUUGGUUAGAUUAGCUCCCAACGAGGAAGUGUAUUGUAUAUUUUUAUUGAGUUGUUGUUCUCCCAAUCUUAACCUCUAUCAAUUUUUAUUUUAAUAUUUUCAAUUCUACCGUCAUCCAACACAAUCUCAAGCUUUUAUAGAUUGCAUUUUUUAAUAAAUACCUAGUUUCGUGGAUAAGUAUUAUUUCUUGGCCUUGGUGAUUUCUACUUGGGAAAUGUUUACAAAUAGUUAUCAUGUUAUAUCAACAUCUUACUGUUAGGCAGUAUCCCCUCUUGUCUUGUGGUAAAGUAACAAUAUGUUAGUGUAGUGUAGAAUAAUGGCUCAAGCUGCAAGCGAAGAUAUCUUGGACUCUGUCCUUCUUACAACAUUCAAGAUCAAUGGAAGGCGUUAUAAAGUUCUUCUUAAUCACGGAACCUUGAUCUGGGAAACAGAAAAAUCUCCUGUCACAAGAUACUCGUUGCAGCUAAAUGAUGUGAUUGGAGUGGGUUACGACCAUUACCGUGACUAUUCUUGCUGCUUGAACAGUCAGAAUAAUGAUACUGUUGAAGAAAUCGGCACAGAAGAUUCAAUUGAAGAAUUCACAAGUCAUUCCCAUAGCAGCUUCCUCAUCCAUUACACUUUCAAAGAGAAAAAUAACAAAUGGGUAUAUUGUAAGCUUUUGGUGGCUCACAAAGAACCAAGAAUUGUCGAUAAAUGGCUUACAGUAAUCAAAUCGUAUUUGAAGGGGUUCACUCAACGCCCCAAAAACCUACUGAUUUUUGUCAACCCAUAUGGAGGUAAGAAAAGAGGUUUGAAGAUUUACGAGAAAAAAGUCAAACCCCUGUUGGACUUGGCAGGUGUGAAAGUGGAUCUCAGAAUCACUCAGCGAGCCAAUCAUGCUAAAGAAACGCUUUUGACCGAAAACCUUGAAGGUUUCGAUGGAAUUGCUUGCGUUGGAGGGGAUGGAACAUUCUCAGAGAUCAUGAAUGGUUUGUUGAUCAGGACAACCUUAGAUCAAGGGUUGGAUGCCAGUGACUUGGAUUGCGAAUAUCCACGCCCAAAAAUUAGGGUUGGAGUAAUCCCUGGGGGAAGUACUGACACUAUCGCUUAUUGUAUCCAUGGGACCACUGAUAUACGAACUGCAGUUUUACAUAUUGUAAUAGGUCAAAGUACUGGACUGGAUGUUAGUAGUGUCCACAACAAGAGUAAACUACUAUGCUUUUAUGCUAGUGUCAUGUCGUAUGGAUAUUUGGGUGACAUUAUUCGAGACAGUGACAACUUUCGAUGGAUGGGUCCAAAGCGCUACAAUUAUUCAGGAUUCAAGAGUUUCAUUGCCAAUCAUGGGUAUGAAGGAGAGAUUGUAUUUUCUGUGAAUGAGAGCAGUGCACCUCUGGACUCGAAAUGCUUGAAAGAUUGUCGAAGGUGUCAAUCUCAACGGGACUUAUGCGAGCUUGAUCCUCAAUCUGCUUCAGAUUCCAAAGAAUUGAAGAGAAUUCGCGGAAAAUUCUUGAUGGUUAGUGGGGCCAAUCUGUCGUGUGCUUGUCCUAGAAGCCCGAAUGGAAUAUCUCCUCAUUGUCAUCUGGGAGAUGGUUGUCUUGAUCUCGUUCUGGUGCAUCACACUUCACUCUGGAAUAAUCUCAGACUUCUGCUCACCCUAUCCAACAGAAUGAAGUCCAUUUAUGACCUGCCAUUUGUGGAAGUACAUCGUACCACUCACUUUACAUUCCAAGCUCUUCCUAUUCCGGCGAGGAGAUCAUCCGACUUUAGUGUGUGGAAUUGUGAUGGGGAAGUUGUUGCUGAUACAUGUAUUUUUAUCAGGACUCAUUGCCAGCUCAUAGAAGUUUUCUUCAGAGGAGUUGAGUCAUGCUUGGAGGAUGAAGAAUCUGGCUGCUUUUGUUUGUAAAUUAAUUUGAAGAAACCAAAACGCUUAAAAUGUAUGUCUAGUGUCAUUUAAUAGGUAAGUAUUAUGGUACUAAGCUUGAUGUUAUUGAUGUCAUUGAGUCAAACAACGUUAAAUAGAUGAAUAUAUAUUUAUAAUUUGUAAAAGCAAAUUCAUGUUGAGUUUUGGAAGUAUUUUAAUAUUAUCAAUAUUUUGUUACAAAUGAACGAAAUUCGCAUUUAGGUAUAUGUACUGAAUAAUCUCAUGAACAACUAAACACAAAAUCUCUUACUGGGAUAAUUUCUAAAUUACGACAAUGAUGUCGACUGAUUCAAUCUAAUUACUGAAUAACCUUGCCUUAAUAAAAUGGCUGUCAUUUUUAAGUAAUUGAAUACUGUACGUAAUCAUAUAUAUUUUCGGUGGUGUAUUGGGCAUUAUCUAACAUAAAUUUAUACGUAAUAUAAUUAUAGAAAUAUUGUUUUUGAAGUAUCAAUAUUGGAAGAUUAUACCGUUUAGAUUUGAACUUCAGUCAACAAUUAUUCGGAAAAUUUUAAAGGAACUUUUAAUGAUAUUAGAUACGUGAGUAUAAGUGAUUUAAUACAUGACGAAGUUUCUAUUUUUAAAAAUUAAAACUUCGAUUAGCGUAAAAUCAGUAAUAUUUUAUCACAUGCGUUAUAUUCAUUCUUCUUACUGGUUUCUGAAUCUAAACUUUUCAACUCUGCUUUUAUGAAAAAUAUACGGGAAGAGUCUGAUGAAUUUCAGCUGAUGAUGAUGAUAAGUGAAAAUCUAUUUUAUUUCAAAUAUGCUAUUACUAUUCUGGAUGUAUGACAUCUUGGCAGCUUCUGCUGUUUGUACAUACGUUCUAGCCGUGUCCUACUUAGAAUUAAGAAUUCAACUCAUUCUCUGUGUAUCUGUUAAUUACUUACAGCUUGCGACAGUCUAAUUUGGUGAGGGUCUGUUACAAAAUUUAACCCAAAUUUGAUGAAAAUACUCAAGCUUUUGUCCGAUUGGAGAAGUUUUCUCCUUACUAGAAGAGAUAUUCCUCACUUAUAAUCUUUUUUGUUAUCUUGCUAUGAUUGUUCAAAGUUGAAAGAUCAUGUUUUUUUAAUUAUUCAGUGUUUCAAUGUUUCUAUAAACUAUAUUCAGUGUUUGUUCAAACAAUCGCUUCCUGUUCGUCUAUUCAAAAUCAAUGAUCUUGCCAAACCAUAAUAUAAUCUAUUAUGUUUCUAGUACCCCUGUAGAAUCAAGAACCCCUUCCACCGUACAGUACGAUAAAUGUUUGUAUGUAUGUAUGUUAUUUGUGUCUUCUAUGUAUAAUCUGCGUCAAUUCUAAAUAAAUGAAUACAGUACUAUUAUUCUUUACUAAAAUAUUCUAAAAUUGAUGUGCAAUGACUUUCUGUGCUUAUAAUAUAUGAAUAGAUGUUAACGAAUAAGUGGGUACAUUAUAAGAUAGAUUUAACUCAAAACAUAUUACGCUUUUGGAUGAGGAGUAACAUGAGAAGGUUUUGUAUCGAGGAGGCACUUUGACAGGGUUUUAGUACUCAAUUUUAUAGAAAUGGAAUCACUAAAGAUUAUUGAUAGGAACAAUUAGAGUAAAAAGUAUAGAAUGAUGAAGUGCCUAAGCUGGUCCCGAGAUGUGAGUAAGAAUUUAUUGUAAACGGCCUGUAACUGAAUUCCAAGUUCAUACUCCAGAUCACUUUUACCUAGACCAAUUUAUUUUAAAAGAACCCUUCCCCAUCUUCCUUCUUAAUAUAAGAAGCUCCAAAUGCAGGAUUUUUACCAAAAUAUUGGUAUAUUGUUAUAUGAUGAAUAUUGUAAUGUGUUUACAUCUAUAUAAAGGUAUUACAGUAUAACUAUGUUAUAUCGACGCAACUUGAUAUUCUAAAUAUUUUCCGUAGUAGAUAGGAAAUCAGAUUAUAAAGAUAAAUGUUUUGAAGAUUUUUGACACUAGCAUACUGGGAUAUUCUAACAUUAUUGUAUUAUUAUCAAUUGUUGUAUACUUGAAUUGAUUAAAACUUUUCCAUUUUAUUAUUGUACAAAAAGACUGGAAACAGCCACAACCACUCAUUAUUUAUUAAAAUAGAGGAAACUUGUCUCUGUUGUUAGCACGUUAUCAAUCGUACACUAAAACUCAAGCAUGAUAUUAAUUCAUAUUUGAUUGGCAGUAGUUGAUCUUAUCGAAGUCUGGUUAAAGUCUGGCUAAGGUCAUAACAAGAAGACAUGUUCAUUGUGGGUGGUACGAACUAUAGUAAGCAGGUAAGAACAUCAUAAAUGAGCAACUGCAGAACAAACAAGAAUGAAGUGACUAUAAAAAACAGUUGAAAUUGAAGGCUAAACUCAUAGGAAAUGACACUGAAGGGCAAGAAAGCUUUCAUCUAUUGCUAUUGGGGACGCGUUCAAUGCAUAAUUGCCUUAUGGAAGUAACUGCUAAAAAUUGAAUUCUAAAUUGAACGUUGUCCAAAUUUAGGGAGAGCUCUCCCAAUAUAUACAUGCCCAGAACGUGACCAUUCGAUAACUACCAAUAUGGCUCCAUUCAACAUUCAUAAAUUCUGCUGCUGAAUGUUUGAGUUUUAGUUUAAUUUACGGAUUCAAAAUGGUGCAACAACAAAAAUAAAAGUUUCUCGUUAUUUUAACAAAUAAGUGGUUAUGUGUCUAAUUCAAGUAAUUCAAGAAAUCUCAUUCUCAUUAAGGUCAAAACAAAUAGUGAGAAUAGUUUGAACCUCUACUUUGUGAUCCAUAUCAAUUCAUUCUACGAAAAUAUCUUUUCAUAAUUUUCCACAAAUCAUUAGUAGUUUAUUUAUCUUAAUUGUAUAUUUCAAUUUUGAGACAAGGGGAUAUUUACUGACAAAUCAUUAAGUGCAGACAAACAUUGGAUUUUUGAUUUGCAACUUCAUUCGUCAUUCAGUUGUUCGUUAUUCAAUAUAUUUUCACUUUUUAUUAUUUAUGAAAUAGAUUUGAAUUGAGAUUCCUUUGUCUCAUAUGUACCCCAUCUGUUCGUUUAAAAAUAUCUGCCAUCCAUCCACUGAGAAUUAAUAACUUUUGAGAUUAGAAAACUUGAAUGUUUUGAAACUGCACAAACAGUCCAAACGUUUUGAAACCUUGUCAACUAGGGUUUUAUUAAUAGUCAUUUUCAUUACUGUUAAUUUUUAAAGCUAUUCGCACAAAUAAUUCAUUUUUCCUUCCCAGUGAAUGCCACCUUAAUUGUGGGAACUCUUCAAUUCCCCAUGUUAUCGUUACUUACUUAUUACUAUUAUUGAAGCUCAAUUAUUAGACUGAAUUUAUCGAUUACUGUUGGCAUUUUGUUCUAUUAAUUACUGUGUAGGUGAUAAGUUUCCUAUUUAUUAAUUUAUAGUUUUAUGUAUUUGUUACUUAAGACAAAUUAUUUUAUUAAUUGGACUAUAUUGAUGUUAUUUAGAGUUAUUUGGGUUUUGUAAUUGUUCAUUUUCUUGUAAUAGUUGUAAAAUUCCCCAAAAAUACAUGUGAAAUCCCAAUA